GUCGAUAGCUACCGUAUAGUCAGUCAAGCUCGUGGGGUGAACGUUGGUGCGCGAGUUUCGCUCGCUAUAUUUUCUGUGAUUUAGCCAGGAAAUCGUAAACCAAGAAGUCUUAGAAUACGGUUCUACUUGUAUACGAUGAUUAGUAUCUCAAUUUCGGAAGAUUCUUCGAAGAAUAUGCAGGAGAAGAAAUGUUUUCAAAACGAAAGCGACGGUCGGUAAAACUGAAGGGAGCAGGCGUGGACUGUGGAUUCGAGUCGGGCGUGGGGAUGAACUCUACGGGGAAUGCGAGAGGGAGGAGGACUGGGGCGCUUCCUGUGGUUGGCACUAGCCUAAAAAAGCUCCAUAAACAGAAUCGCGGCCGAAUGUCUUUUCAAUGCAACGAAAAUGGUGAAGUGUGGGAAAAGGUGGGCAUUGAAUAAAGGCUUCGACAGCUCGAACCAUGACAGAGGCGUCGGAGGAUGGUAACUAUCUGGUGAGGGUUCGUGCCCAGGUAAUGACAAGGGAUGAUAGUUCCGGUGGUUGGGUUCCUUUAAGCGGCGGUGGUUUAGCAAAUGUUUCGGUUAGAAGAAGAGCUACUUCUUCAGGUGGGCAUCAGUCUAAUAAUACCAACGGAUCUGGUGUUUCUACUUCGACUGUCAUACCCUCUACUACCAACUCUACGCAAUCUGUAUCAACUGCAGCUGUCACUACAACCCAAAAUCAUGGAUCUUCAAGCAGUUCCCCAAUUGGUGCGACAAAGAAGAGGCACGAGUAUCUUAUUUAUGGGAAACGGAUCACUGAUCAAUCAGUUGUUCUUAGCUGUACAAUUAAAAAAGAUUUUGAAUAUAAUAAGGUAAUGCCAACUUUUCAUCACUGGAUGACAGGGGAAAAAAGGUUUGGUUUAACAUUUCAAACAGCUGCUGAUGCAAGAGCUUUUGAUAAAGGUGUUCGUACAGCUGUUGAAGAAUUAUUAGAAGAAUGUGCAAAUGGAUUGGCCAAUUCAACGUUGUGCGGUAAUUCAUUAGAUGCUGGCGAUGAGGAUGUUUUUAUGACUUUGAACUUGCCUGUGGAACCGCCGGAGCCACGUCCAUUGUCUGAAACAUCUCAUAGUAUAGUUCGGGUGACUAAUUGUCAUUCCCAGUGUUCAGAUUUUCCUGAUUCACAGAAACCUAUCCAUUAUAUUGGUGCAUCAUCUAUAAAAGUACCACCAUCGCAACAUCCUUUGGCAUCGACUGCUGAUGCUGGAUCCGAUAACUAUCCUUAUGUGCAGCUCACAACACUUAAUCACGAGUAUUUAUAUCCUAUUAUCGAUGAUCAUAAAGGUGAUCGGUUAGAUAGAUCUAAUACUGGCAGUUCUUUGAAGAAGCCAGAUAUUAUAGUAUCUGAACCCGCGAAAAACACUAUGAAACGUAAUAUUCGAUUACGAUGUAAACAUUGCCAAGAGCUAUAUACAGAACAGCAUAACCCGAAAGGAUCGUGUGAAUUUGCACCUGAUCCAAUUAAACGUGGGAUCGCAAAAAUUUCGUGUCUGUCGUGUGCUCAGGGCAUGUUAUACCACUGUAUGAGCGACGCUGAAGGUGAUUUCUCGCAGAAUCCUUGCAGUUGCAGCACCGAAGAAGGAUGUGGACGCAGAUGGUUUGGUUUGGCAUUAUUGUCACUGAUCGUUCCUUGCUUGUGGAUUUAUCCUCCACUCAGAGCUGUUCAUUGGUGUGGCUCGUCUUGUGGAAUGUGCGGGGGGCGUCAUCAUCCGAUGGAAUAACUGAAGGAACCCUUUGAUAUCUCUCCUGUCUACUCAGUCGAAUCAGCCAACUUCUCUUCAUCACGUGGUGCAGUAGCCAAUGUGUACGAAUGUCACGAUUUGAGUAUGGGUCGUUGUCAGAGGUAUCAAAGGGGUAGACAACUUCCAGUACAUGCACUUAUCCAUCAACGUCGUGUCUGAACUAAUUUGUUUCGAAAAAAGAAGGAAAAUGAAAAAAAGAUACGAGCACAAAUUAUUGCAUUUAGCCGUAAUAUCAUGUAUAUUCCAUACAUUUUGUAUAUUUUAUUAGCAAAAUGCAUUAUUUAAUCACAUCUGUACAUUAAACCGUUUGAGAAUGGACGUUGUUUAACAUAUACUCUGAAUGAUUGGUCCACAAGAUUAGUAUUUGGACUGACCAACUAUUUGUGAUACACGGUGCACAUUGUGGGAAUUCAGUCAAGACGUGAGAUAUACAAAAUUUUUUAUUCCCAGUUUGAAAGCUAGUUUUUGCCUUGUGUGAACUCUUUUACAAUGAAACUGGUAAAGGAAUCGCUUGCUACAUGAUCACAGACUUCUUUGUUUUAUGGUAAUUAAAUUCAAGAUAUUAUUUAUUUAUUCUUGUACAUUUGUUUCAGAAACAUAAAGUGAUUAUAUAUUUAUCACUAUAAUAUAUGUUAUUCUAAUUCUUUUUUGUUUUUUAAAUAGAUGUUUUUAUGAUUUCAUAUUUAAAUCCAGUGCCGACAAUAUUUGUAAUAUAUGUUUUUCAUAUAAUCCUUUUAAAAGGAAUUACAUGAAUUAUGAUGUAGAAAUAAAAUGUAUAUUUAAUUUUUAAGCUUUAUGCUUUUGACAAGGAAGAGUAAUGGUUUUUAAUCUAUUUUAUUAAUUAGCACAAACUGGUUGUCAAAAGUUAGUUGUAUGUAACAUGUAAUUUAUUAAUAUAAAUAUAUUGCGAAUCUGAUGCCAAUGAGGCAGUAUUUUUGCAAAAGAAUUCUAUAAAAAUUUAUUUAACUAUAAAUAUAUACAAAAUUUUAAAAAGCUUUAUUUAAAAAUUUGUCAACUAAAUAAGUCCGUUGUGAUGACUCAUACCAAAUGAGAAAUAAACAUGUAAUCAUCUUCACAAGUGUAGUUUUGUACGACAUAGCGUGGCUGUAUGAAUGUACUUCUAUUUAAAUUCUUUUAAUUACAAAGUGUGAGUGCAUAGUGUGAUUGCUCUGAAAUAUUAUAAUGUGUCUAUAAUUAUAGUGAUCAAUAAUGAACAGAAAAUAAAUAUACAUAUAGUUUAUACGAUAACAAUUAUGACAAUGUUGGUGAUAAUAAUUAUCGACACAGAAAAUAAUUACCGACAGAAAUAAAGUGCAAGUUUACAUACGCGUAUACGAACUGAUGAAUGCGAGAACGUAUGCACAUUUAAAAAGUAUGUAUACUCAAAAGCUAAUUGUGAAAAUUUAUCAUACUGAUAAAACACGUAAAGCUGUUUGUCAGAAGUGAAAAAUAUUUUAUCACAUCAUUGGCAGUGCUAAAACAAACAAUUUACAAUAGAAACUUAUAGUGUAUUUUCACUGAUAAUGUAAAUACUGCAAGAGUAAUGAGUAUGAUUUUAAUUCAGAGAUUCAUUAUAUCAUAAAUGUUUAAAUCUUGUAUCAUUGUAAUUACAGGUAUGUAUAAUAUAUAUUGUACUAUGAUGAAAUGUCAUAUAAACUAAGUUUGUUGCUCUAAAGGUUUAUGAAAUAUAUUAAAGUACUUUCUGAAAA